UCAGUUCUCCUAACAAAUGUGUAGUAGUGAAGAUCUCAUGCUAUCCACAAGCUUCUUGCAAACAUCCACAACAUCCAAUAAACUUUACCCAAAUCUCCAACCUCUUCUUCACAAAUAACACAACCACUGACUGCUAUGUUGCUCUCCUCUCCCACCAUCUCCUUCGCCCAAUCCUCUGCCCUCUUCCUCCCCCCUUCCCAUCUUUCUUUCCUUUCCAAUUCCUCUCCGUCCACUUCCUCCUCCAUCGUCUUCUCUCCUCGGCAUUUCUUCAAACGACACACACUCAACCUCACCAUCAACGGAUCCACUUCCCCUCCUCCUCCAGUAACCAAAUUCGCCCAGUCCUUCCGAUCAGAAUCACCCAAAGACGUCAAUGUUCUCGUCACCGGCGCCACCGGCUACAUCGGCAAGUUCGUCGUCCGUGAACUUUGUCGCCGCGGCUUCAACGUGAUCGCCGUGGCCCGCGACCGCAGCGGCAUCCGCGGCCGCGACGACAAGGUUCGCACAGACCAGCAGCUCGCAGGCUCCACCGUCUGCUUCUCGGACGUCACUGACCCCGACGCCCUCGCCGGGGCCCUCGACGCCCUAGGCCGCCCCAUCGAUGCCGUCGUCUGCUGUCUCGCCAGCCGCGGAGGCGGCAUUAGCGACUCGUGGAAGGUCGACUACGGCGCGUCCAGGAACAGUCUCCUCGCCGGGCGCCGUCUCGGGGCCUCCCACUUCGUCCUCCUCUCCGCCAUCUGCGUCCAGAAGCCGCUUCUCGAGUUCCAGCGCGCCAAGCUCAAGUUCGAGGCGGAGCUGGUGGAGGAGGCGGCGCGCGACCCGGCGUUCACCUACAGCAUCGUGCGGCCCACCGCGUUCUUCAAGAGCCUGGGCGGGCAGGUGGAGAUCGUCAAGGACGGGAAGCCCUAUGUGAUGUUCGGCGACGGGCGGCUCUGUGCCUGCAAGCCCAUCAGCGAGGCUGACCUCGCCGCCUUCAUCGCCGACUGCGUGAUGGACGAGGACAAGGCAUGCAAGAUUCUGCCUAUCGGCGGGCCGGGCAAGGCAUUGACGCCAUUGGAGCAGGGGGAGUUACUGUUUAAGCUGCUCGGCCGGGAGCCCAAGUUCUUGAAGGUGCCCAUACAAGUCAUGGACUACGUGAUCGGAGUUCUCGAUUUCCUCGCCAAAAUCUUCCCAUCGCUGGAGGAUGCGGCCGAGUUCGGCAAGAUCGGGAGGUACUACGCGGCGGAGAGCAUGCUGGUCCUGGACCCGGAAACCGGGGAGUACAGCGCCGAGAAGACGCCGAGCUACGGGAAAGACACAUUGGAAGAUUUCUUCGCCAGGGUGAUCAGAGAAGGAAUGGCUGGUCAGGAACUGGGAGAACAAACCAUCUUCUAGUCGCCACACGACCAACGACUCAGACUUUUUGCGUUAAAUUGCAAACAAAGAAGAGCUUGGCUGCGAAAAGCUCUGCUAAUUCUAAACCCACUGUUCUUGUGUUCUUGCCUUUGGUGUUGAUGAAGAGGAAAUCAAUCUCGAUCAUUGGUUAAACAACGGUUUAGUCUAUAAUUCACAUUCUGUUUUCCUCCUCUCCGCGAAAGCUCCGUGAAGAUCCUCUGCAUAUGUGUUGUGUGUAUCAGGAGUUAGGAGGAGGCCAGAAAUAGGGCAGGAAAGAAACAAGAGAUGCUAAAGAUGAGAGAUUGAUUUCCAAAAUUUAGAAAUUUGCUAGAUUUUGGAGGAGCCAGAUUUAGUCGCGCUUGGCAGCUUCCUUCUCCUCAAAUCUCUCGCCUUUCCUGUCUUCGAAGCUGCCCUCGAUGGCUCGUCUGUUCUUAUAAUUGCACCACCUUUCCUCCAUUAAUUCCACCC